AUGGCCACGAGCGAUGCCGGCGACGAGGUGGUGACGCCCAGGUCUACCAGAAAGCCGCUCACCUUCAUCGACCUGCCCACGGAGACGCAGCGCGAAAUCUUCUCUCAUUGCUCCCAGAGCGAUUUGAUAUGCCUCGCGCUCGUCUCGCGCCACUUCCACGAACUGGCCUCGGCUCAGCUGUACAGAAACUUUCACAUCAUCUUCCCCGACGAUGACGACCUCAACUUCGAUUCCCCCAUCGAUGGUCUGGCUGGUGGACUUGAUACUUUCACCACCAGCAAUUACGACUAUGCGAAGCACCUGAGGGAUCUGUCCAUGGACACGCUCAGCGCUGGCAUUAAGGGAGAGUGCUGUUACCAGUCCUAUCUAUACAGUGCCAGCUGCGGAAAGUUUUUCAACACGCUCCUUCACCUCACGCUCAAAAAGGCCAGGUCCCUUGAGGUUUUCCGAUGGAAUAUCCGGGUGGAGCUCAGCAGGCCUGUCUACCGCGAGCUGCACAGAAUCGCAUCCCUGAAGAAACUGCAUGUGCGGAUGCAGGCAGGGGAAUCAUACUAUGUGCAACCGCCACCGCUGCCCGUCUCGAUCGACCCUCAUCCCCAGCCAGAGCCUACGAACCACUGGGGAAGCAUCCCGCCGCUCUCCUUGCUGGCUCCCCAGCCCCCGGGAGCUGUGCCGCCGGUUGUCAGCGGCCCCCCGCCUGCUCUGCUCCCGCCGUCGUACAAGUCGGCAUCGAAGAGCAAGGCCGGGAAGCGCGUGACUGGGGCCAAGGAGCCCUCUACCUUUUCGGGCUUCAAGAAUCUCCAGAGCCUGAGCGUCUUGGACAUCGAGAAUCUCGAUAUUGUCAGCGAGCUGAAUACCUGCAUCCGGAACUCGAGCUCGACCCUCACCGAGCUGCAACUAUCCUUUUCAGAUGGUUUGGCGAAUCGGGCGCGUAAGCAGCCACCUGAUUCCGACGCAGACGAUUCCGAUGUCGACGACGAGUUCCAGGUGCUUCCCGCCUCGCAGCAGAAUACAUCCGGCAGCGCCUUCGACAGCAAAACCAAUCGCGUACUCGAGGAGCGCAGACUUCAAGAGUCCGUGCUUGCUCGAAUCUUCCAGCCAUUUCCUCUGGAGCCCAAGGCAGAAAACGACGAACCCAGCCAGGAGGUUGACCAGAAGGAGGAGGAGCAAGGAGAGGCUCUGCCGACGGACGUCAGGGAAGCAUUCAUUGCAUCCAUCAAGAGCGUCUCAAGCAAACUGAUGACCAUCACGGGAGGAUCUCCCGGUUCCACUGCCGCAGCACAGGAUAUGCUUGAUACCAUUGCCAAGGCUGCUCGGCAUUAUGUGGAAUCUGUGGAGUCCUCGGCCCAGCCAAGCGGCCAAACCAGCGGCCAGCCCAGUGGUCAGUCCAGUCUCGCAAAUGAGAGCGAGACAAGCACAGCCGGUGGUGUCUUGCCCCAAGGCAACUCAUCAGUGGCGGCAAUCGCCGCGGCUUUGGGACUCAAGCCAGCUGGAGAUGAGUCAAGUGCCAGGGCAAACGACGCUGCCACAUCUGCCGUGGGCUCGUCCAGCAAACUGGCAAAGAGAAAAGACAACGAGGCUUCUCCCGAAGAUAUCGACAUUGCUCACAUUGAAGCUGUUGACGAUGUUUUUGGAGAAUCAGACGAGUUGAAUCUGUCGGAUAGCGCUGAUGCCAAGCUCACGGAAGGAGAUGCCUCCGAGACGGAUUCUUACCAGCCCGGUUCCUCCACCGGCUCUACUACUCCUACUCCUGCAUCCGAAGCGCCUGAAAAGGUGACCAAGGCAACUGAGGCCCAAAGUAGUCACACUGCUGAAGUUACUGGUCAAUCUUCCGUGCCAAAUGUACACGUUGAGAACCUCAUGACUAAACUUGAUUACUUCCGAGACCUGAACGAGGCCAUAGGGAAGAAGAUUGACUAUUUGCGUGCUGGGGGCUCGGGGUUGGACUACGCGCAGAUCAAGGCCGCCGAUGCCCAGCUCAGGGGUUUCAGCGCCAUGGUUGCUGACGUCCAAAACGAAAUUCAAGUCAUUCAAGAGCAUAUGGAUGAAGCGGAGCGGCGGGCAGCGGGCAGCAACUCGAGCAGUAUGAGAGAUUAUGUCCGCCGCACAAGAGGCCUGAUGCUUACGUCCCUGAGCAUCUACCUUGUCCCGGUCAAGGCAUCCGUCUUAUCCCAGACGAUCAACCUAUCGUCUCUCAGACAGCUGACGCUUCUCAAUGUUGGCGACCAAACGGCCAUCUGGGCUUCUCUCACCAAGGCGAACAGGGUGCGGCCGCUGCCGCUGAGGAACAUCUUCACCGACCAUGUGACCAAUCAGUUCCUCGCCUUUGCCUCCCAGCUCGAGGAGAUACACGACCUCUUCCUGCUGGAGCGCAGCCCCAAGAGCAAGCCCGAGAGCACUGCUUUGCCAGGCUUCACCACCAUGGACCAGAUUCGCCGGCUCGUGCUCAAGAAGCACAUUGGCAAGCUCAAGCGACUCAUGAUCAAGGACGAAGCCAGCAGCAGUCGCUGGGAUUGCAACGAGAAGGCUAUGAUUCUCAUCUGCACACAAGGGCGGAACCUCGAAGAGUUGGCGCUGAGCAUGAAUAUUCAGGCUGUGCACAUAUUUAUGCAAUAUUUUUCGGGUCUCGUCAAGCUUCGGGCCAUCAACAUUCUCCAUUUCCGUAAUAACGAUACAUGUAUCUGGGUCGUUCGAGAGGUCCUGAGGUUCAUCGUGGACAACCUGUCCCACUACCCCGAGCUCAAGCUGGAGUGGAUCGCUAUGGAGGACGAUCGCGUCGACCGCGUCAUCCGGCCGUCGGACGAAUCCAACAGCGCACCGGACGAGCAAAGCAACGACAAACGAGCCAAGAGCAAGAGCAAAGGCAAGGCUCUGACGACGGCCACUCCCGGCCUCCACAACGUGUUCCCACCUCUGUCGCUGGAUGGCCUGGAUUCGGAAAGCGACAGCGAUGACGAAGCGCUCAACGGAGGGUCACGACUUCGCUAUAAGACGGUCGGACCGCUGCAGUUUUACGACGUUUGGGGGGUGAAGAUAUUCGAAAAGGAGAUUCGCAGCGGGAGGCUGUGA